CUUCUGUGGGGAUGAGCCAAGAUGCACGCAGAAUACAUUGCUCCAGUUACUGAAUUGAAACCUCCCUUGAGUGGUGCGGCCUCCUCCAGUUUCUGCUGGGCUUUUGAGCUGCCUAUUUAAUAAGUCAGUGGAGUUGCUGAGGACAAGGCAGCCGUUUGUGGCCAUCCGAGGGGAAAGCCAGGAGCCAUGCGGGGCCAGCGGAGCCUGCUGCUGGGGCCGGCCCGCCUCUGCCUGCGCCUGCUGCUGCUGCUGGGCUACAGGCGCCGCUGCCCACCCCUGCUCCGGGGCCUGGUGCAGCGCUGGCGCUAUGGGAAGGUCUGCCUGCGCUCCUUGCUGUACAAUUCCUUUGGCGGCAGUGACACGGCUGUCGAUGCUGCCUUUGAGCCCAUCUACUGGCUGGUAGACAACGUGAUCCGCUGGUUCGGGGUGGUGUUCGUGGUGCUGGUGAUCGUGCUGACAGGCUCCAUCGUGGCCAUCGCCUACCUGUGCGUCCUGCCCCUCAUCCUGCAGACCUACUCAGUGCCGCGGCUCUGCUGGCAUUUCUUCUACAGUCACUGGAAUCUGAUACUCAUCGUCUUCCACUACUACCAGGCCAUCACCACCCCACCUGGAUACCCACCCCAGGGCCGGAAUGACAUCGCAACCGUCUCCAUCUGCAAAAAGUGCAUUUAUCCCAAGCCGGCCCGAACACACCACUGCAGCAUCUGCAAUAGGUGUGUGCUGAAGAUGGAUCACCACUGCCCAUGGCUAAACAACUGUGUGGGCCACUACAACCAUCGCUACUUCUUCUCAUUCUGCUUUUUCAUGACUCUGGGCUGUGUCUACUGCAGCUAUGGAAGCUGGGAUCUCUUCCGGGAUGCUUAUGCUGCCAUUGAGAAAAUGAAACAGCUCGACAAGAACAAACUACAGGCGGUUGCCAACCAGACUUAUCACCAGACUCCACCACCCACCUUCUCUUUUCGAGAAAGGAUAACUCACAAGAGUCUCGUCUACCUCUGGUUCCUGUGCAGUUCUGUAGCACUUGCCCUGGGUGCCCUAACUGUGUGGCAUGCUGUCCUCAUCAGUCGAGGUGAGACUAGCAUUGAACGGCACAUCAACAAGAAGGAGAGACGUCGGCUCCAGGCCAAGGGCAGAGUAUUUAGGAAUCCUUAUAACUACGGCUGUUUGGACAACUGGAAGGUGUUCCUUGGUGUGGAUACGAGAAGGCACUGGCUUACCCGGGUGCUGUUACCUUCCAGCCACUUGCCCCAAGGGAAUGGAAUGAGCUGGGAACCCCCGCCCUGGGUGGCAGCUCACUCAGCCUCUGUGAUGGCCGUGUGAACUGGCUUGUUCCACUUGUGACUUUAACAUUCAUUCUGCUUCCUGUGCUGUCUCAAGAAACUCAAGGACAGCUUUAUUUGGACUCCAUGAGCAAAAAGACCCAGUGGGCUGGCCUUAGGAACCCAUGCAGGGACACCUCCAGGACCAGCCUGCUGGCUACUGCAGAAGGAAGGCUUGAUGUGCAGGACACCCUGGGACUGGUAGCCCUUUACUCAGGCAAACAGAAGCUCCAGCCCCAUACUGGGGGUCAGGCAGCUAAGCCAACAUGCCCAGUGCUGACCACGCCUUCCCUCGGUUAUGGCACUGGGGUGGUUAUCAGCUCUUCCAUGUGCUGUCUGAGAAUACAUCUGAGAUCCUGGCUUCUCAACAGGGCAAAGGCUGCUGCUGAGGUCACUGCCAUUUCUCACAUGUUGCUGUGAAGGGAGCAAAAGUAAAGGUAUUCCACUUUGUAAAGAU